AUGGACAGCCCCCUCCUCUCCCCCGCCAAAGCGCGACAAGCUGCCAUCCAGGCCAAAGACUGGGCCUACGUGAACUCCUGGCUCAGUCGCCAAUACGCUCCCAACCCGGUCCCUUCGUUCGAACGAAAUGAAGAUACAUUACGGGCCUUGCUCGCCCUAGCGGCAGCUAACGAUACCGCCGACGAGGAAGCCACCAUGCUACACCAUGCACGCGAACAAGUUGUCCAAGGAUUUAAAGCUGGCGAGGAAACCGAAGAGAAUCAAAAGAGGGAAAUACUUGACGAGCUGGAACUUUGUCUUAAUGAUAAUGGUCGACAGGCUCUCGACGAUUUAGCGGAGUCGGCCGCGGCGCUGGGAGCCUUGAGCAUAGAAACGGCGCCCCUGGGUCAAGCAGUUAUUGACCUGACCAAGGAGGAAUUUAGCGUUCAUGAACAGCUUGUUAAGGUGGAUAUACUACAUGGUUAUUUGCAAAGGGAAUUGGAAGCAUUGCGCGAACAACUAGAAGAUCUCGAGUCCAAUCCAGCAUAUGAAGUCCCGGCAAACCUCCCCGCUCUGACGGCCGAGUGGAUGAGAGGCACGAAAAUGCUUACUGCUAAAGUCGGCGAAUAUCACGAUAAGAUUGCUGCACUAGAGCGGAAUAAAAGUAAAGGGCCUACCCUGGAAGAACUGCAGGCGGAGGAAGAGGAGGUCGUGAAGCUCUCACACACAGUCAAGAGGUUGGAAUAUCGACUCCAGCUGUUCCAACAUCUUCCCACGGAUAUCCAAGGGGCGCGGGCCAAGUACAGGGAGUUAGAGAGGGAGCUCAACCAGCUCACCCUACAACGAGACUCGAUGCCUUGA